UCUGAUCGGCACGGUUUGACGCACAUCCUCCUUUUUAAUCAAAGACAUAAUAUGGUUGGGGCGCCUGAUUGAAAGCCACUUGGACUUCGGAACGGUUAGUCGACAGAACAGGAACGCCUCAAAAUGGAGGUCAAGAAAAAAAAGUUACUGGACAACAUUCGCGUUAAAACAAAGCUGAUAAAUUUGAUGAAGCCGGUUAAGAAGUCAACAGACAAGCAGAAAAAGAAAGCAGCCAUCAGGCGCAGUAUAUCCGUACCGGACCUGAGGACUGAGCAGGAUGAAGCUCUUCUGCCAAUGAGUGGCUUUUCCAGAAUGUCUGAGGCCACAGCUUUUGGCAAUUUCCAGUUGAGCGAUAGCGAUUCUGUUGCUAGCGGCUCCAUCCCGGAGGGCUCAACUUCAUUCGACAAAGAAAUUUGCCUCCGGGUUCCCUCAGACAUGGGCUCCAAGAGAACUUCUUCCCCAUUUAACACGCCAAAUCUCAAUGAGGAAGUUAAUAGUGACGUGAACUCAAGCAUCAAGAAGGCGGCAAACACGCACGUAGACCAAGUCAAGAGGAAAGGACCUAUUUUAAAUUUUGACCCUCUUCCGAUGCCAAAAUCCGUUUUCACCAAAGCACGAGCCAGUUCACCGCGACCAGAUUCUACGGAGAGUUUUGAACGAUCUUGGAUGUCCGAGGACUUCCCAGAAGACAGAGCGAUGAUCACUGACAUGCUGGCCAGAGCAAACUCAUUGGGAGAACAAACAAAUUUCAACGGGCAUCCAAAGACCCCGCAUUUCACUCAGGACAGGCCGCCGUCUGGAAAACGGUGUCUGUAUGAACACAGAGAAAAGACGCCUCUGGCUAGCGCAGAAGGUCGCAACGAGGACUGUUGGUCCGGCGAGGACCAGGUGGCCAUGACUUGGUUGACGGACACCGAGGGACUGGACCCGGAUAUUGUGCUUUCCUCCAUUACAAAUGAUUACAGCAUUGAAGAAUCUUCACUGGAAGGAGGCACUCAGGAGGAGUUUGAGAUGUAUAGUGAACCUUUUGAAUUCUUUGAGGAAAUUCUUCCAGAUCAACUAGAACACACAGUUUUGACAACAGGUUCCGACGUCCAAGUCCCGGCUCCGCUCCAGAGGUACCUGCUUUGCAUCAGCUUGAAACAUGGACAAAACCUGGUCAUCCGAGACAAACGCGGUACGAGCGAUCCGUACGUGAAGUUCAAACUGGAAGGGAAGCAGUUCUACAAGAGCAAAGUAGUUUAUAAGAACUUGAAUCCCAGGUGGAAUGAGUUCUUCUCCUAUCCUCUGCGUGACAGAGAGCAUAUUGUGGAUGUCCGGGUCUAUGAUAAAAAUCGGACCUCUGAUGAAUUCAUGGGUUCUAGCACCAUUCCGCUGAAGAAUCUUGAGCUUUACAAGACCUACGAAAUGGAGUUGACCCUGUCUGACCCUAAAAGCAAAGAAGACGACAUGGGAGUCAUCAGCGUGGAUGUGUGCCUAAUGUUUCGAGACGCCACCAUCAAACGAAACUGGAGAUGGCCACCCAAAAAGACCAGGAAGGCUACGCAGUACCAAAGCCCGGCCGAGAUGCAGAAGAGUCAGCCCAAGAGCCGCAUGUGGACGGGGGCUCUCGCCAUCACCCUGGUGGAGGGCCAGGAUCUGCCGCAGUAUGGCCACGGCGACAUCUACGUCCGCUUUCGUCUGGGCGAUCAGAAGUACAAGAGCAAGAAGCUCUGCAUUCAGGCCAAUCCCCAGUGGAGAGAGAAGUUUGACUUCAAUCAGUUUGCAGAUAACCAGGAACCUCUGCAGGUGGAGGUGUGUUCAAAGAGAGGCAGGAAGGGUGAAGAAUCGUGGGGAAUGUUUGAGGUUGACCUAUCCAGACUUGUGCUUAAUGAGAGGCAGCUCUACACUCACAUGCUGGAUCCAGGAAAGGGCAGGCUGGUCAUUUUGGUCACCCUGCUACCCUGCUGGGGAGUCUCAAUCUCUGACAUCGAGACCGCUCUCUUGGACAAGCCUGACGAGAGAGACGCUGUGGUGGAAAAAUUUAGUUUAAGUAACUCGUAUAAAUGUGUGGGGGAGAUCGGUUUCCUCCAGGUCAAGGUUUUAAAAGCAAAUGAGCUUCCUGCUACGGACCUCAAUGGGAAAAGCAACCCCUAUUGUGUGAUUGCACUGGGAAAUAGCAAACUUCAAACCCACACCGUCUACAAGAGCAUCAAUCCGGAGUGGAACAAAGCGCUCACAUUCCCGGUUAAGGACAUUCAUGACGUGGUGGAGCUGACCAUCCUGGAUGAAAAUGGGGACAAAGCACCAAGCUUUUUGGGCAAAGUGGCCAUUCCAUUACUGACUGUUCAGAAUGAGCAGCAGAUUUCGCUCUACCUGAAGAAAGAGGACUUGAGUGGCUCAGCCAAAGGAAGCGUCACGCUUGUGUUAGAGGUUAUAUACAGCAAAGUUCGAGCCGGUAUUAGAAGUUUCCAACCAAAGGAGGAAAAAUUUACAGAGGAGAAUGUUAAAUUCUCCAAAAAGGUUCUUGCCCACAAUAUCUGUCGGGUUCGGAAAAUCAGCACAGCUGUUUUGUACACAUUACAGUACAUUAAGAGCUGUUUUCAAUGGGAGAACAGGCAACGGAGUCUCAUCGCCUUUCUGAUCUUCCUUGUGACAGUAUGGCACUGGGAGCUCUUCAUGCUUCCCCUCUUCCUGCUCCUUCUCAUCGGCUGGAACUACUUUCAGCUCCGUGGCAGAAACGGCAACUCCAACCAGGACCUUGUGAACAUGAGCACGGGUGAGGAUGACGAGGACGACGAGAAGGAACCUGGGAAAAAAGGUUUGAUGGACAAGAUACACAUGGUGCAGGAAGUCGUAUUGACUGUCCAAAACAUUUUGGAAGAACUCGCAAACAUAGGGGAGCGGACAAAGAACCUUUUCAACUGGUCUGUUCCAUUCAUGUCAUGUCUGGCCUGCCUGGUGCUCUUUGUAGCCACGUCGCUGUUAUAUUUUAUUCCACUGCGCUACAUAGUGCUCAUAUGGGGUGUUCACAAAUUUACCAAGAAGCUGCGCAACCCGUAUGCAAUCGACAAUAAUGAGCUGCUGGAUUUCCUCAAGAGGAUGCCGUCUGAUGUUCAGAAGGUGCACUACAACGCACUGAGAGCGCCCAGCAGCCAGAACCUGCCACGCAAGAAGAAGUAAUAGAGCAGAAGUUCGACCCAGUCCGCCUGACAAACAACGCACCGGUGCCACCCGAGCUCCACCGUAGCGCCCCGACUCGGCCCCCUUGCCCUCCAAGUCGUCCUCUGACUCGUGUGUUUGCCUCCCCGGCUGUCAGCAGGAGGAGGAAGAGGAGGAGGGCAGCUCAUGGCCCCGUCAAUCAUCAGCUGGGAGGUAAAAAUAAAAAAAGAGCAUUGCCAUAGUCUUUGGAUGUAAUUUAGAGGAGGAAUGAGGCCAACCUCAGAUCUCCUCUUUUUUUCUUAUAUUCGCCCCAAGCCAAACUUAAUGCCAGGCUUAACAAUUCAUGCAAAACAAACUAUGGCAAUAUAUUCCCCUUGAUCCGUACGCUAAUAUCAAAAGUCAAAGAGCGUCACAUCUUUCGGAUCAGCGGAUCUUUGUUUUUGCACUGCUGUCCUUUUUUGGUAAGGAUGUUGUAUCAAUGCUGUCAGUUUUUUAAAUCUCUGCAACUGACUUUUCAUACUGUGCUCUGUUAUUUAAAAAGAAAUAAAUGUCCUAAAUGGU